ACCAACCACCUUCCUAUUACACAUACAUAGAAAGAAUACUAUUGUGAAAGAAAAAAGGAGAAGAAGCUAGCUAGUCAUGGCUUGUGAGAAGAGCAAGAUACUUGUAUUUGGUGCCACUGGUUAUCUUGGUAGGUACAUGGUGAAGGCAAGUGUAUCAUUGGGUCAUCCAACGUAUGUUUAUGUCCGUCCAAUCAAAUCGAAAACCGACACGGUCAAGUUAGCCGUUCACAAGGAACUCGAAUCCAUUGGAGUCACUAUCUUCCUGGGAGAGUUAGAUGACCAUGAGAAGCUCGUUUCCGCGUUGAAACAAGUAGAUGUUGUGAUUUCCACUCUCGCGGUUCCUCAAUUUCUUGACCAACUCAAUAUAAUUGCCGCUGCAAAAGAAGCAGGCAAUAUAAAGAGAUUUAUUCCAUCAGAAUUUGGAAUAGAAGUCGAUAGAGUAAGCGGGGUACUUCCUCCAUUUGAAGCUUUGUUCGAAAACAAAAGGAAAAUCAGAAGAGCAGUGGAGGCAGCAGGAAUCCCGCACACUUACGUGUCCGCAAAUGCACUCGCUGCAUAUUUCAUUGAUUACUGUCUCCAUCCACAUGACAGAAACCGAGACGAAGUCGUUGUAUAUGGAACUGGUCAUACCAAGACCGUGUUGAAUUAUGAGGAAGACGUCGCAACAUACACAUUGAAAGCAGCGACGGAUCCAACAGUGGAAAAUAGGGUCAUAAUCUGUAGGCCGCCAAUGAACAUUAUAUCUCAAAUGGAGCUAAUAACUUCAUGGGAGAUGAAGACUGGUCGCACUUUCGAAAAAACAAAUGUUCCAGAAGAAGAGCUGAUCAAGCUCUCCGAAACAAUACCUUUCCCAGAUAACAUUCCUGCGGCAAUCUUGCACUACAUGUUCAUCAAGGGAGGAGACCAAAUGAGCUUUGAACUUACUGAGAAUGAUUUGGAGGCCUCAAAGUUAUAUCCUGAUUACAAGUACACGUCCGUCGAUAACCUCCUUGACAUUUGCAUGGUUAAUCCUCCUGUUGUCAAAAGAGCUGCAUUUUCUUGAUUUUGUUACUCUUUACUGUUCUAAAAGGCUCAAUGUUGUUCAAAUAGUUAUAAUUAUGA